AUAAUUACACGUGUACAUCAUUCGUAUUAAAUAUGACCAGUAGAUCGUAGUGUUAAUUAGACAGCGGUAACUUUAUGACGCAGCAAACGUACGCUACCACUUCCAAUAAAUUUAGACACGUGCCACAACUAUAAAUUUCGUUUGCCUAUUGGUCAUUAUGUUUACUCCCACUAUUUAAAAUAUUUCGGUUUUCUUUCCUCAAUUCUGGUUUCUCUGACUCGACCAAAGAAAGUGUCUCCUCCUACCCUAUACUAUAUUGUGGUGGCUUCUCGCAAGGGUUGCUGUAUAUAUAAACCAAGUAGCAUCUCGACACAACUUAAACGACUGCUGUCCAUCGGCCGGUGACCACUGGCUUCGUCAACCCAAGUCUUGCAAUCGGUUUCUUGUGUUUUUCGUUAUUAACUACGGAAUAGUGGCCGUUUAGUUAAAAGUUUUUAAAUAAUUAUUGAAUUAUUUUUGUUCAUUAAUAAAUUAUUUAAGGCAAAAAUAAUUAUUGAAUUUAUAAAAGUGUUGUGAGUUGAGUCACAGUUCGAUUCGGAAUAAAAAUUAGCCGACCAAAACUCAUCGCAAUGGACACUUACGUAAAUUCACCCGCGAAAAAUGACCACGCACUGGAUUAUACAUCAACUAAACAAGUAUUGAAUGAAAAAUCCGAAGUAGCAGUUUUGGAUCUUUCUUGUAAAAAAGAUCAGUUGCAAGACAGUCAAAUUGCCUCAUUUAAUUUAAGUCCAGUAUCAUUGGAAACUAGAUCAGUAUCGCCUCCAAGUGAGAGUACGAACGAGCAACAUCAUCAACAUAAACAUCAACCGCAGCAACAUCAUCAUCACCACUAUGAUUAUCACGAUUAUCAAAAUCAUGACCGUAUUUCAUCUGAAGAAGACGAACGCAAAAGUCCUGAAAGUCGUUCCUACAUGGUAACGCCGCCUUCGGAGUCAGAUUCACCUAAAAAAUCAAGAUAUCACGCUAUUUCACCUCAGAUAAAUUCACAACAAACCGCACUUGCUCAACAUUAUUACCCUCAUUCAUCACCAACAUUGUCUGUUAAUAUUCCCAUGAUACCACCAGUACCGCAGCCAGUAUUACCAGUACAAAAUAACAACAUUCCGUAUGUACAACAAGCGCUAGCACCAACGACAAAUAUGCUAGCGAUAAAUCCAAAGUUAUCCGAGCAAGCGUGUACACCUGACGCCAAGAAAGCACCGCGACCAUUCAAAGCGUACCCUAAAGAUCCACUGGCUUUGACUAGCCCGGCGGAAUUUAUAUACGAUCAAAAUUCAAAAGAAGCUUACAGUGAGUUUCGCAAAAGGAUGUUGGAUUCUGUGAGAAAAUCAAACGACGGUACGAAUAUUAAAAUGAGGAGAUUGAGCAAAAAUUCAAAUUUACCAACCAGUACUAUUGAUGAUAAGGACAUCGCUUACUGGGAGAGACGUAGAAAAAAUAAUGAAGCUGCCAAACGUUCACGCGACGCAAGACGGGCUAAGGAAGACGAAAUUGCAAUAAGGGCGGCGUUUUUAGAGCAAGAAAAUAUGAAACUCAAGUAUGAAAUUAUUGCACUUAGAAAUGAAACCUCAAGGUUACGUUCUAUGGUUUAUCCUAGUUAAUAAUUUGCGAACUCAAAUCAUAGAUAUAAAGUAGAAGUACCAUUUGUGGCCACUGCGCCUUUUGGACAUUUAAUACUUUAUUUUGAAUAAUGAAACCGUAUUAAAAAAAAAUUUCAUUGCAAUAGUGGCCAAAAACGGUACUUCUACCCUAGAUAGUUCCUUUGUGAAUAUUAAUAUACAGUCCAAACUUUUUAUAAGAUUUCCCAUACUUGUUCAAAAAAACGUACGGAACGUUUCCGUUUCAGUUUUCGUUACAAAACUAAUUAAUUAAAGAAUGAAUGAAUUAAUUGAUUAGAAAUCUAAAAUCCGAAAAUUCGGUUAGUAUUUUUGAUCUUUAGUCUUUAGUAUUUUAGUCUUAUAGCGAGAUUCAGACGCAAAUCGCUGCCAAGUAUGAUAGUGUAAGAACCGGAUCCUAAAAUUUUUUUUCCACCAUCCCGACAGUCUUAUAACGGGGUUGGACUGUAGACAUUUCAUAAAAUUAAUUUAGUGUACGCUAAUUUUUGAAAGUUUAUUUUAUUAUAAAAAGAAGUUCUUUCUUUUUUUUUUUUUUUUUUUUUUUGAUUGAAACAAAAAUGUAAUAGAUAAUUUGGCUCAUGUUCGUUACAAAAAACGGAGUAUGAUUUCCUACAAUUUGAUAUUGUAAUUUUUUCGUUUUAUUUUCAAGAAUGUUUUCUUUUCUUUCGGCGAAUGUUAAAUUAACUUAAUGAAAUUUAAUUUUAUGUGAUCAAUAAGCUGUCUGGUAAAGCUGUAAAUCCAAAGUGUAGAUACUUAAAUUUAUAUAUAUAUUUUUUUUUCUAAUUUAAACAAAUAUAGAUUUAAUUUUUUUUUUUGCGAUUAAGUUACAAUACUUGAAAUUUAUUUCAAAUAUAAGUGACAGUAAUUUAUCAAUAAUAACAAAAACAUUAGUAAAGAGUGGGAGAGAUUUAUUGUAAAUAAUUGACUGAAAGUAGUCUAAGUUAAAAAAUGUAAAUAAUAUGUAUUUAUAAGGAAUAAAAAAUCAAAAUAAUAAAGAUAUAUCUUCAAAUUAAA